AUGCUCAGCAUUAUCGCUACUCUAAUAAAUGAAAUAUUUGUAAUCCAUGAGAAAGCCCAAUUCAACAAAAAAAUUUCCGAAUCUAUAAUUAAUCGCAUUGCUUCUGUCGAUGCAACCAUAAAAUUCUUAAAAUCACGGGCUAAAUGCGAUGAAAAAUUUCAGGAUUUGCGACAACAAAAAUCAUUUCUUAGAUUUCAAGAUUCUUUAAGGAAGAUUAAAGUAUUUGCAGAAGAAUAUGAAGCUUGUAUAAGGGAUUUAAAUUUCAAUAUGACUGUUGUUUUUGAUGAACAACGAAGAAUUGAUAAUGAUAGUUUAAACGACAUUAUUACUGGAAUGGUUAAG